CGUACCGCUGCACGCGACCCGACGCGACCCGACUCGAGCCGACCCGAGCCGACCGCGCGCGGUCCGCCCUGUUUGCGUGGUCGUUUACACUGAUUUGCCCGACACUGUGCGCGUUGCGCGCCGCCGAAGGGAGACAAGGUAAAAAAGGAAAAAAAAAAAAAAAAGAGAAAGGAAGAACCGUGAAGAAGAAACGAAAGUGAAGAGGAGUGAGGUUGUGUACCGCACAGUCACUCAGUAACUUAAGUACUUUCGCGCAAGUGUGGAAGCCCCGAGUUGCUGAAAUACACAAUGGCCGGAAUCAAAGCUCUUCUAACACUGUCCUUUGGAGCAGCUGUUGGACUCAUGUUUCUCACCUUGGGCUGUGCACUUCCUGUGUAUAACAAAUACUGGCCCUUGUUUGUCCUCUUUUUCUACAUCCUGUGUCCCAUUCCUUACUGCAUCUCCCAGAGAGUUGCAGACAACCUGGACGGAGGCAGCAGUGCCUGCAAAGAGCUCGCCGUUUUCCUCACUACGGGGAUAGUGGUCUCUGCUUUUGGCCUGCCAGUUAUUUUAGCAAGGGCUGAAGCGAUUGCGUGGGGAGCAUGUGCACUAGUGCUAACUGGCAACACUGUCAUAUUUGCAACGAUACUGGGAUUCUUUGUUGUCUUUGGAUCAAAUGACGAUUUCAGUUGGUAGAAAUAGCAACGGCGUACACGAAGAAUCGACUGCCAAACUUCUGGGAAGUGUAUUCACUUUGGGACGGGUAUUUUUUUAUAAUUAUUGUUACUGCUGCACUUAUUUUUGUUAAACUUACCAGCAGUUCAUUGUGCUCAAGAUCAGUGCAAUAAGUUGUCACUCAGAAUGCAUAACAUUUUGAAUCCCUACAAUUUUUUAGUGGAGACAUUUUACAUUUUUAUACACCAGUUACCAAUGAAUGUAAAGAAGUCUUAUACUAGAGGCAGCAAAUUCUGAGAUAUAUAAAUAGCAUAAGAGGGAUACUGACACAUUAGCUUAUUAUCACAAUGUUAAAACUGAUAUUUAUAGAGUUACUGAUUUGAUCUUGUCAUUGCUUAGUCACACUUUCUUACAGUCUUCAGUCAGAGAAAAUACGCUGAUUUAAAUUUAAUUUAAUUUGCAAAAAAAAAAAAAAAAAACAGUGCAAUGUGACCCUUGAGGGUAUGUGCAGGGUGUCCGCUGCCUAAUAUUUUUAGCCAUACAUGUUUUAAUGUAGCAAAAACAUCUUAUUCAUACUAUUCACUCACACCACUGACAGUCUACUUUUUAUACAAUGAUCAAAAUCAAAAAGGUAGUACACACGAGUGAUAUUCUUUUGUAACUUUGCAACAUGACACCAAAGUAGCAUAAAUGUCAUUGAACAGUCCUUAGAUGUCUCAUUUUUUGGUUUUUAUACUUCUUAUUUUGAAAAGUGGGGGUUUUUGUCACUGACUAAAGACUGACUAAAUUCUGCUGUUACGUAAUUAAUUGCAUGAUGUAACCUGUAGAACAUGUGUGAUUGUAGGAAAAUGCCAUCUGUUGCCCUACCCAAACUUAAUAUAAGUUUCAUCACAUGUUGUACAGUACUAACUACUAUUUUGGAGGAUAGUAAGACAGCGUUUUGGAUGCUUAUGAAUGUGUAUAAGCACUGGCAAGUUCCUUAUUUUUCAAACAUUUGUCUCUAUUUAUUGCUUUGUCUUUUGAUCACAGUGAUUCCUUCCAUUUUUGUAAUGUAAAUUUUCAUAAGUAUGUAUAUUGUUGUCCUCAUUUUGAAAAGAUUUAAAAUGUUAAAAACUGGAUUUAUAGCUUUUAUUUUGACAUGCACACUUAAAUGCAGUUGUACUGCUGCUAUAAUCAGUUGUCCUGAUCAGACUGAAUUAAUAUUUGGUUUGCUGGUGUUCAUCUCAAUAUUUUUUGCAAUCUACCAGCACAGAUUUGUGGAGCUUCUUGAAUUCCAGUGGGGAUCCCAGCUCCAGUUUAUAUCCUGACAGUAUAUAGCAUUGCAGUUUGCUGAAACUGUGUUAAAUGUAUGUCUAAAAUCUGCUUGUAAAAAUUGUUUGGAAAAAGUUUUAGAAAUGUGCAAUUCCCUUAUAAAUUUAAAUUUCAAGUUUACUUCAUGUCCUGAAAUAAUGUCCUGAUAGUUUGUUUAUAAGUUGCAGUAGUAAAACUCAGCAUUUUAUUAUCAGUGUAUUUAUACAGCUUCAUUCAUGUGUGCAAAGUUUGCCUUUUUUGUAAAAUCUAUGUGAGCAAUAUCACUGUGGAAAGUGGAAUUCUUUGCGGGGAAAAUAAAAAAAAUGCACUUUUUC